CGAUGUUUUGACAGUUUGCUUGGUUGUGUCGGAGGAGAAAAGUGUUGUUGGAAGGUCCUCUCCGUAUACCCACUGACUAUUGGACUUCGCUAGUCUUUUAUUGAGACUUGCAUCUAGUUAAGAGGGGAACUCCAUUGCAAACUCUAGAUCUUUUCAAGGUUGUCCAGCUUCGUCUCCAAGGAACAGUUACAGAAGUAGUGUGUCAUCGUUAUCUUUUAAGGAUGAGUCGCCUUCGGUGGCGGUCGACGCGGGUGUGAACGGUGCGGCGGUGGUGGUGGUGGCAGCAGCAGCAGCAGUAGCAGUAGCAGCUGCCCUAGGUGGUCUUUGGACUACCCCAGAGGAAGAGUAGCGGCAGCGGCUACUCACUGACCAGGGCAAAAGGAAUCCAUCCCCGCAAACAUGGCCACGGAAGGGUACAGCGUGACGUCAGAGGCUGUCCUUCAGCACGUCUUCUGGGUGGACUGGUUCCACAAGGCUCCGCACAUCAACCUCACCCUCCACUUCGUGAACGCGACCUUUGACCCUCUGUCGCCUGUCUAUCAGGAGAGUUUAGGCAUCAUUGGCUCUGUACCUGCUGGGAUAUUGAUCCUUACAUUGCUAGUGCUGCUGCUUUAUCUUCUGACAAGAUGCUGUGACAACCGACCUCGCAAACCAGGCUCUAUCACCUGCUUGAAAGUGACUUUGGUCCUCUUUGCCAUCAUCACAUUAGGAGCCCUGGGAGUAAGCAUUUGGGGGAACCAGGAAGUACAUGAAGGAGUAACUCGUACCACCCUCUCAUUGGACAACAUUAACAGCAUGGUUCAUUCACUCAGCAACCAGACUAAACUGUUUGAUGAAACAAUUCGAAGACAUCUGCAACCUCAGCUGAGCAUUUUCAAGGAAACUAUUCAGCGUGAACAUAUUGAAAAUGCUACAGCUGAAAUGUUUAUCAUGGAAAGCUUGCAUUACAUGCAAGGAAACAUCUCCGAAGUUCUGCUCAUAAAUGUGGAUGACAUAAAUGCAAUGAUGUCUGGAGCAGAAAUGGGAGGAAUAGUACGCCUUUUGAAAGUGGGUGAACUUGGCAGAUGGGUAGGAACUAUAGGACUGACUGGACUUCUAAUGAUGGUUGUUCUUGUAGUGAUGGUUGGAGUAGCCCGUCACUCACGCUGUACAUUAAUAACAUUUUCAGUCUUGGGACUAUUGGCAAUGAUACUCUGCUGGGGCUUAACAUCUAUAUAUCUUGUAACGUCUGUUGCAAUGUCAGACUGGUGUAUGAAUCCCAACCCGUUUUUGGAGAAUCAGCUAAGUGGCCUGGUGUCUAGAGAUGUGGCAUCUUACUACCUACGUUGUGAUCCUAACAGACCAUCUCCAUUUACACGAUACUUGACUCAUGCUCGACAGGCAGCUGAAUAUAUUCUCGCCUCCCUGAAUAAAGUUACUAGUGUUGCAGACAUUUAUUAUGAACGGAGUGAGAUUCACCCAAGGCUGGAUCACUUGGGUGCCUACGUUAAUAAGUCUCAGAGAAGCUUAGGUGUAGUUGCAGCUCUUCUUGAGUGCCAAGCACUUAAUCAUCAGUAUCGCACUGCCUUGUAUGGCUCCUGCAAUCAAGCAAUGUCUGGCAUCGUCUAUCUUCUCCUUUCUGCUGCAGGAAGUAGUUUACUCUUCACAAUUUUGGUUUGGUUUACUUCUCACACCUGGAUCUACCUCAACCACAAAGCUGAACCAGGGACCUCAGAAGAGCGAGAUCCAUUCUUACCAGGCAGAGGAUCAAGGGGAGGUACUCUGACAUCCCUUGGAGGUCCUGGUUACACCAGGCCUCGUCAUUCUCACACACCGCCACAAACCCCUCCAUUCCCUGGCACUUUGAAUGGCCGUCUUUACCACAGUGAUGGAAUGGGAAGUAUGGGAGGAGGAGGUGGAGGAGGAGCAGGAGGGGGAGGAGGAGGGGGUGGGUCAGCCCCCUCAACUGUAAGUACUAUGGGAAGAAAUGACAACCACCACCACCACCACAACCACCACCACCAUCACCACUCUCAUAGUCAUUCUUUGGGUCCUAACCAAGGGCAAUAUGCUACUCUCUCCAAGCAGUGCAAGACUCUAGAGUCAUCUGAUUUCUAUUAGAAUUUUACUGCGGUCUGUGUCACCUCCCUGCUACCAACCUCCCUCCCUUCCCUCACCCCCUUAUGUGGUGAGCAUACUAACAGCAUGGGUCAACUUUUGUCUUCAGUUUUCAUCAGGUUAAAACUACUCUACAGGCAAUAUGUGCUUCUUGGUCGUCUCCUUUUCUAAUUCAAGACUUUCAGAGGAAUUAUGGCUUCUCAUUGACUUUAGCCAUGCACAACUUUCUUCUGGAGGUGGAAUGUAUGAGACAAAACAAUAUGGAUUACUGCUAAUGCAUGUAAAAAGUGUCUGAGAAGUUAAAAACACAAUCAAGACGGACCAUCUUGGAAGACCAUCCCUGAAGAGUAAAGUUUUAGGAUGCUCAGAAGUAACUUUUUUUUAAAGCCUACUAUUUGCUGGAGUGAAAUUUUCUUCAAAAUGGAAAAUCAUUGCCCAAGUAAUAUAUUUUGGUAAAAAAAUACUUUCAUAAAGCAGUUGUGUACUUUGUUAAUAGUGAUGUUCAAAUCAAUUAAAUGAUUUACAGUUCAUAUCUUCGGUGAACUUUAAUGCUAGUGAUACUCAGAAUGCGAAAACCAGCUAUGAAUCUACUUAAUUGAAUGUGGUGAUUAUUAUUUAGUUGACAGUAUUGAAAAGUCAUUUUUGGUGCUUCAUGCAUUUCAAGUUAUUUUUGGAACCUAAGGGUUUUCGCUCAACAGAAACCAAAGAUUUUUCUUAGUGGUACUGAAAGAACUCAAAUGCUACUUUUAUUUCUUAGUGGUACUGAAAAAACUCAAAUGCUAGUUUUAUUACCUACUGAUUUUGCAUCAAGAGUUAUUGGUAAAUAAAAUAGCACAAAGCGCUGAAAAUACAUCUAUCGAAUAUCCCCCUGUAAAAGACAACCAUAGAUAUGAAGAAAAACACUUGAAAGAUUGGUAGAAUAUUUGUUUUGACUUAAAGGUCACUAUGAACUUUCCUAGAGGGAACAAAGGCUUCUUCAGUUGUAGGAAACUAGAAAUUUAUAUUUCAAAGCUUCUUCAGAGAAAGAGAAAGUUUGAGUGAUGUAUGAGUGAAUGACAGAAUGAAUGGUGAAGAAGCUAUUGAUAGACACAACGUAAUUUGAUGUACCUUAGUAACAUCCUCCAAGUGCAAUAUUGCAUUCAUUACUACCAUUUUAAUAUCACACUUUCACUUUAUAUAUAAUUUUGCAAAGUAAAUCUUUCUAAUGGAGAAUGUUAUGAUGCAUUUCUGUUGUAUGUGAUUUGUGUGAUAGCUGAAGUUACAUAUAAUCUUGUGCAUUGUAUAUAAUACUAAUCUUUAAAUUCACAUAUCUACACACAAUUACACAAAUUCAUUCCCAAAUCCCAUCACACAGUGUAAGCUCAUACUUACCGUAAAAAAUUUGACUUUGUAUACAUUCACUGAUAUAUAAACCCUAACACACAAAAAGAUGCUUUUCUCCAUCAUUUUCCCUUGUACAUAAUUUUUCCUAAUUAUGUUUGUUUUUAUCUUAAAAGCAUAGCCACAUUAAAUGAAUAAAUUAUCGCAUACAGUACAAGGACUAAUAUGGAUGGUGUUGGAUCACUUGAAAUACUUCUUUCCAGUGAGCCUGAUAGUCACUGUAUGUUGAGCUUCGCAUCUGUUCUUGUGGCUUUAACUCCCCCCCCCCGACCCCCUUCAUUCCCUCCCCAUUCUUGUUGUAGGAUAAAAUAGUCAUCCAGCUGAUUUAGAAACUUGAGAUUUGUUUCAUGGUGUCCAGGCCUCAUUGUUUUUGGAAGGUCAUGUAAAUGGAUAUUUUAAUUGAAAUACUUUAUAUAUUUUUGAGUACACAGUAAUUUUUCAGAGCCAUUUAUUUUGAUAUAAGUGUUCAGCUAAGUGAAAUUGUUUUUGCCUGUCUGUAUAUUAACAAAAAUGUUCGAUCCAUUUGAAUGAAUAAUGUUAAGGCUUUUCCCAUGAAUGUGGGUAAGCAUUUGAAAGUAUUCAACAUUUUCAAUAUCGUACCUGAGUCAGUAUUUGCGUGUCGUAAGUGACAAUAGAUGUACAGGUAGUUUAAGUCUAAAGUGAAAUAAAAUUUUUCUGAACUUCCAAAUUCUAUAUAGACGAUUUUGGUCUGAUAUUGGCUACAUUUUUGUAAGUAUAUUGUAAAUUUCCGUCUUCUCAGCAGUAGAUUAAAACAAUAUUGGGAGUCAUGUUACUUUUACAAACAAAUUUUGAUAGUAAAUAAGUGAGGAGUGAUUUUUGUCGGUGUACUGCAAAGAUAAAUGCUCUCAUAACUACAGUUGAAACAGACUUCAUCAAAGUCAGUCAAUUUUCAUUUUUACAGUGAUAUCUUGUAACAAUUCCAAUUUAAUGACUUGCCCCAUAAAAUAUUUCCACUAUCAGCCAUAUGUGUAGUUAGGUAUAGAUGAAAGCCUCAUACAUUAGAAAACUGUAAAUGUGUAUGUACAAAAGUAAUGUGGAUAGCUAAGGUUGAGCAUUUUAGUAAUAUUCUUUUUGUUUAACGAUCUUUCCUUGAAUGUAAUGUAUUACAGAAAAAGUGUUAACUGAUGGCAUUCUUAAGUAACAACUUACCAAACAGUGGUAUUUAUCUUUUACAGUAGGUUUCCGUGUACAGUGAGUGAACACUAUUAAUUUAGUUCUGUGGUCCUGAUAAUAGUCAACACUCAGAACAGUACAGGUAUUUACUGAAAUUUCCUAUAAUAUACAGACAGGCAAACAAAAGAGUACCGAAUAACUUCCCACCAUACUGAAAUAUUUGUGUCUAAAAAUAGUGUACAGGCACAUUUACAGGUUUAUGAGCUUGUAGAUUUCUAUAUGGUUUGUGGUUACUUGUGUUUAUUAGUAACAACAAUGUUAAAGACUAAAUGAAUCACUGGGUUGCUGUUCAUAGUGCCAUGUAAUUUUUCCCUCUUGGUAUGUUACGCAUCUGACUUUCAUAUAUUUUUGAAGAAUCUUAUGUCCAUUGGAAUAAAUUUCCAAUAUUUAGCUCAAAUAGAUUUUGUAUUUUAUUUAACCAAACUUGUCUGGUACUUUUUUCUAGUAGUAACUUUAUGGUAACUGGGAGAAUGUAUCCCUCCAUGAUGGCCUGGAUGAAGUUGCCAUAUACAAGAUCUAGGUUUCUUAUCUUUAUUUUUCCAAACAUAGUAAAUGGUGUCUCAAAUUGUCUUAGAUUAUAUAUACUGUAUAAGUGUUCCUGGUAUCUUUAUUUUUGUUUUUGUUAAUCAAAUGGUUUUAUGAGAUUUUCCAUUGUGAUCUGUUUACAGGUCUGGAUCAUCAUUUAGUAGUGAUGUUGUUUCAUCUUAUGUAAUUUCUCUGUAAAUAGUUUCAUGUGUAUAACAAAUGUUUUAUAUUGACCUUAAUCAGUGUUACUGAAUAGUGAUAGAAUUAUUUAAAUUUGUACAAAAUGAGUAAAGAAUAAAUGUAAUGGAUUUGAGUGAAUAUUGAUUUCCUAGGGUACGAAGUGUUGCUCACACUCUAAAGGUUCAAGGUGCAGUAUUUUCAUCUCAUUUUAUGUAACUUAUUAUGAUUUCCUUAUACAUAUAUGUUUAAAAUGUAACUUAAUUACUACUACUUCUGCUACUAUUACUACUACAGUACAUUACAUUUCUAAAACUGCAACUAAUGCUAUCAGAUGGCAGCUGUGUGUGUAGAAUUCCUCCUUAGUGUACUGUAUUUUUCACAAUUAGAGGGAACACUCACACUAAGUACUGUACAGUAAUUAUAUUUACACAUUACCAUACCUGUUUUAGAGGGGGGAAAAAGGAUAAGCAUCCACAUGGGGUCUACAUUGAUUUUAGUUCCCAGAUGUUUGAUAAAUCCCAAUGAGACAUGCACCAUUUUCAUAUAUCCAAUCAGAAAAAUAAAAAAAAAGACUAAAUACAUAGACAUUCCUUUGGAAUAGUAAAAAAAAUGUAUAAAGCUCAAUGUGCAAAUUUCCACAGAAUUUCUGGAAACUUUUAUAAUUAAAUUGAUUUGAAAAUAAAGAUAAACAGUAGA